GGGCCUGUUUGGCGAAACGAUCUUUGGAUUUGUGGGGGAAGUGGUAUGAGCGUGGGCCGUGAUCGGUGUUGUGUCAGGGGAACCAUAGUUGUAUAUCAUCCUCACCUGGUAGCUGGCUUGCAAAGGAAAGCUCUUUUUGAUUUCUGGGCCACUUGUGCAGCCAAUAAUCUUCAUGUACAAGGUUUGUAAUCAUUCCUGACUGAGUUUAUCUAUCUGUGUUCAGCCUCGAAGUCUCUCAGGACAUCUCAGCUGCAUGUUUGUCCUGCGGAAACCCGCGAUCUGAAACUCUACCGCUGCGGACCCGAGUUGUCAGGGGCUCAGAACGGCAUAAACCCUCCUAUGCUUGAUGGCGGAACUUCAGUCAGCAAGAUAUCUCAUGGUCGGUAAAGCAUCAAAGAUUGAAGGGCACCGCACCGAUGCUCUCCUUACUGCUUUGCUGGGAGCUGAGGUUGGAAGCAGUCAGCCUUGUUGCCAUCUGAGAGGGGCAGCUGGAGGGGUAAGGCUGAAGGUGCCGUCGACAUGCAUGAUUGGGCACUCUCUUUAUUGAGAAUAGCUCGCCAAGUCUCGCCAAGUCCCGCCAAUCUCGCACCAGCCCCAGUAUUUAUGAGGUUAUUCCCCCGAAGCUCUCAGCUAGCUCUCGCUUGACCGUUGACGGCACCACCUUCAAGAUAUCCACUCGGCUCUGGUGCUCAUCGCCAUCUGAACCGAACUCUACUAUAGUACUCCAUCCAUCCUCUUCUUGGGUCCGCUCCACCAUAACUGCAUAGCCAUCCUCUGCCCCUCUUGAAGCCCAGCUACAUUACAGCCGGGUUUCGCCCAGUCAGGCUGCAACCAUGUCGAUUGAAAACGUGCCCCUUGAUGUGUUCACCACAGUCAUUGAUGAUGUAUUGACCGCCUCAACUUGGUCCGAAGGACUGGAAUUGCGCAAAGUCAACAAAUUCUUCGAUCAUCAUGUCCAAGCUGCCUAUUUUGAUCGAUUGUCCAUUCCCAUCAACGAAGAACCGCGCUCGUCAUGGAGCAGUCAUGCCAUGCGAGGCCAACAUCUGUACAGAUAUCUCAAGGGCCAGAUCAGGUCUCUGCGGCCCAAGCAUCCACUCUAUGUCAACCUUGAGGGCGCCGUGGAUGUCCUGGAUGCCGUUGAAGGAUUCCGGUGGGAGGUACCCACGUGGCGGGACAGACCUGAGGGCGUGCUGGAAUUCCCCAGUCAACUCGUGGACAAGAGCAAAAAAGACCACAUCCUGACCCUGGUCACCUUGACUGUCCUGAAUUUUUUCGCUGAUGAAAUCAACAUGUUGUCGUUGUUCGAACUGACGUUGUUCAACAAUCAGGCAUCGCCAGAGUGCUGGGCAAUCAUGACCGCGAUCUACCUGAACGACAGAGCCACAGUUGAGACACUGCUGGAUCAACUACCGGCAAAUCAUAUGAGGACGUUCCAUCUCUCUGACCCCCUGCGCCUCGCGAUCAAGGCGAGGAAGCAGGAAAUGGCACGGCUGCUUCUCGCCAGUGGUGCCGAUGUCAAUGCGUAUCCAACCUAUUAUGACCCUUACAUGGGCUACAGCAUGGUCCUUGACGAGGCAUGUCGUGGCGAAGACCUGGAUAUGGUCCAGCUAGUGCUCGAGCCGCAGUAUUGCAUCGAGUCAUUCACCGAGGAGUAUGAAAAGUCCAUCAAGCUCAUGGUGGAGAAAUACAAGGCCCUGGAAGUGCAGGCAUCUGGAGACUAUGACCCCCACCUCAACAGGCGCCUCAAGACAUGUCGACUCAUUGUCGCUGCGUUGAUCGAUGGUGCCUUCCCCGACUUGCGUGAGCCUUUGCUGCACUUCUUGGUCAAUCGCUCCAUCAGGAACCACACUGACGGCCUUGUCCGACUGGCCAUUCAACUUGGCUUUGACGUGAAUUAUACUAUCCCACAGCAUCAGACCCCCCUGGUUCAGGCAUCCGCUCGUGGCGACGAAAAGAUCGCGGCCACUCUCAUUGCUCAUGGCGCCCGGACGAAGUAUUGCCAAGAUCACGAUGCGAUUGCCGAAGCAUGUCGUGGUGGUCACGUCUAUGCGUUGGACGUGUUGCUCAGCCGCGCCACGAGCAUUGACGAAUAUGGCCAUGCCCGUGCCGGAUCGAUCCUUGUCAUCAUGCUGGGGUCUAUUGUGUACACGUCAGAAACAUGCCUGCUGUGCAUGCAGUGUUUCUUCGCUCACGGGUUGGAUCCCAAUGCUGGAACUUGGGGGUUCCGGGCCCUCAAUAUCUCACUUCGCAGGCGCCGACCUGACAUUACCCGAUACCUCCUCGACAAGGGCGUCAGACCACCUAUGAUUGGAGAGGAGAGAGAGUUUGAGGAGAACUCCACAUUUCUUUGAUCGCUCACGAGACCGCUUCCAUAUCGUGUUGCUUUUCCACUGCUUCCCUUGACCUGCUUUUGCUCCGUACCAGUCCACGGGUACUGCCUCAAAGGGCAGACAUAAUACAAUUUCGGAUAUCUUCUAUCAAAACUGCCUGUACUUUUUCCUUUAUUCAUAUAUCACAAAAUGGCGGUUUUUCGGUCCAAUCAUCUACCAAUCAGUCUGGCAGGACAUGACAACGAUUGUUAGCACCCCGUACGGGUGUCUACAGAGGAUAAAUGAAGUACUUGUUCUCCAAAUCGGUCAAAUCGAGCAGGGCAAUGUCGACCUCGACCUCGACCCUCUUACCGUCGGCGUCGAUCCUCUCGAUGACGCCGGUUCUCGACUUUCCAGCGGCCUCUUGCUCGGCGAUCCAGGCAUAUCGUUCCUUAUUCCUGCGGGCCAGGAUGAAGUUUAUGAUGAUCAAGAUGACUGGGGUCCCCACCCAGCUGAUGACAAUCUGAAUGAUCCAAGCCGGAUAGUAUCGCGGGGCAUCCUUGGGCACCCAGAGCUGGGGAGAGACCAGAUUGGCGAUGCCGUAACCGGCCAUGAAAAAGACAUUUCGGCUUAAUUUCUUGGUGUAUCCGGCGGCGGUGGACGUGGUCCAUCCGAGGGCGAUAAUAUAGGUGAUACCAAAGGUGGCGCCGGCGAGGACCAAACACGCAAGCAGGGAGAUCUUCUUGUCCCAGUCAAGAGCCACCAUACCGAUACCACCUGCGAUGGGCGGUAGACACCAGAAGGCGGCCCAGUAGGCCUUGCGCCAUGGGACAUAGCGGAGAAGGAGAGUGGCCAGGAUGCAGCAUAUGACCGAGAAUCCACCGCCAGCGGCACUGACGAGCGUGGAGCCCAGAUUUGACACGCCGACCGACACAUACAACAAGUUCGACUGGUACGCAAUGUUGUUGGAGAGCAUGAGCGUGAAAGCCUGGAGCCCAAACAACCAGGAGAUGGGAUCCCGAAGCGACUCGAUCAACUGACUCUUUUUGAACUUUUUGUUCUCGAUCGAGCUGUGCGUCGCCUCGUGCACCUUGUUGACCAGGUACAGUUUCUCCUGCAGAGUCAAGAACCUCGCUUCGGCCGGAUUGUUGGGGUAGUAAAACCACGACAGGAUGGCGAGGAUCGAAGUCAUGCCGCCCGUGAUGAUCAUGAAGAACUUCCACGGCGACACCGCAUUGUUGGUCCACAACAGGCCGUACGCCAGGAACCCGGCGGGGAUCGGAGAGCCCAGGCACGAAGUGUAGAAGACAGGCUGCAAGAAGCCCUGCGCUUCCGGCACGAAGAACAUGCCCAUGGUGAUUUCAAUCGCCGGAAGGACCGUGGCUUCGACCAGACCGAGGAAAAACCGCAGCGGGAUCAACCCGCCAUAACUGCUCGCGGUGCAGUGGAGGAAGACAAUGACCGACCACAGCAUGAUCGUACCGCUGACAAAUUUGCCCAUGGGCACACGCUGCAUGAGGUAGUUUCCUGGGAACUGGCCGAUGAUGUACCCUGUGGACAACAAAAAUCAUCGUCAGCAAGAAAACAAUGUCUAGCUAGGCUGGCUUGGGUGUCGCAGCGGGUGUGGAGUGGUAUUGUUUGGUCUCGACGAUCUGCAAACAGGACAAGGUAAUCGAUCUCCUUGCUUACCGGCAUAAAAAAUCGUGUUGAGGUUAUUGUACUGGCCAUUGCCAAUCUUGGUAUCUUCGAACAAGCCCAGGAUGGACGAGUACGACAAUGUGGCUUUGUCAAUCUGGUUGGUUGGAGGUCAGCAAAACUCUACUUCCGUUCUUUACCAUGCUUGUCUUUCGGUUUUGUUUUUCUUUUCUUUCCUGCGUGACGGGCUUUCUCUUGGUAUCUCCUGGUAUUUUGAUUUCAAGGGGCCGGGUGGGAUAAUCACAUACAAACAAAACAAGGUCGAUGACGACCAACAGCGGCACUAGGCCCCAAUACAAUUUUCUAUUCAAUCUC